AUGAUUACUGGCUAUGCUCACCUCUUCGAUACCACCGUGCUUCCUGCUUUAACUUAUGCUUUAGAAAACUGGGCACUUCGCAAGCAAGAAGAAAACGUAUUGAGCGUCAUUGAACGUGCAAUUGAACGGCACUGCGCAAUUAAUGCUGAGAAUGGUCUCGUUCACCUCUCGAAUCGUGACUGCAUCGAUCGCGAAAAGAUCAUUAAUGUGAUUCGUAAUGGAACUCUGUCCCACGACGAACGCAUUAAAAAGGUCGAAGAAAUGUCUACCCGCGAAAGUGAACAGAUUACGAAACUUUGA